UUCUCUCCACAGAUCAUCUUCUACGAGGACAGGAACUUCCAGGGUCGGCACUAUGAGUGCAGCACCGACUGUGCCGACCUGUCCCCUUACUUCAGCCGCUGUAACUCCAUCCGUGUGGAGAGUGACUGGUGGGUGGCGUACGAGAGACCCAACUACAUGGGGUACCAGUAUGUCCUGAACAGGGGGGAGUAUCCUGACUACCAGCGCUGGAUGGGAUUCAAUGACUGUGUCAAGUCAUGCCGCAGCUACCCUCAGGCGAGUGAUAAUUUGAUGUACCGAGGUGGCAACUACAGGAUGAAGAUUUACGAGAGGCCUGACUUUGGAGGACAGACGAUGGAAUUCAUGGAGGACUGUCCCUCCGUCUACGAUCGUUUCCGUUACCGUGACAUUCACUCCUGCCAAGUGAUGGAUGGUUACUGGAUCUUCUAUGAACAAGCCAACUACAGAGGCCGACAGUACUUCAUGAGACCCGGGGAGUACAGGAAAUACAAUGACUGGGGCGGCUACAACUCCACCAUCGGGUCUUUCAGGCGCAUGAGGGACUUCUAAACUGUUGCUGAAAAAUAUGAAUUAAGGAGUAGAUAAAUUCAUGAGCAUAAAUAAAAAUCUUUUUUGCUGAAUACCUUGAUUUGUUACCAUUAUUUGGGCUGUCAUAAAUCACAUUCUUAUUACAAAUCCUUACUGGUGUAACUCAAAGCUGGAAAAGGGUCUCAACCCAAAACGUCACCUUUUACUUCUCUCCAGAGAUGCUGUCUGGCCCACUGAGUUACUCCAGCUUUUUGUCUCUAUCUUUGGUUUAAAACAGCAUCUGCAGUUCCUUCCUACUCCAUAUGGUAUUACCUAUUUAGAAACGAUUUGGAAAUGCAAGUGGAACACUCUACCAAAUUAUCUAACGUGCAUGUAGAAACACCAUUAGCAUUUAAGUCUGCAUUAGGCUUCAAAACCUUUCCCUGUACAUGUGACUAUUUGGAAGCCAGCAUUGUGUAAGUUCAUGAAGAUGCUGUCUUGUUCAAUUGAAUUAAAUUGAAUUUUAUUUUUGUCAUUCAGACCUUUCGGUCUGAACGUUGACAUUGACAUUGACAUUGACAUGUUGACAUUGCUCUCAAAAGGUUGCCUAUUUCCUUCGCUCCAUAGAUACUGCUGCACCGCUGAGUUUCUCCAGCUUUUUAUGUCUACCUUCGAUUUUCCAGCAUCUGCAGUUCCUUCUUAAACACUUUGUCCAUUUCACUGUGCUUGAUCCACAAUGCCUGUCAGAUCUCAUGAUUGCUGAUCAUUUUUACUCCCCUUGCCAUCCCAUAAUGACCUUUCUGACCUGGGCCUCCUCCAUUGCCAGAGUGUAGGCCUAUGCAGCCUCAUUCUAGCCACAUUGCAUCUCAUAUUCCACCUGGGCAGGUUAAAACCCAAUGGUAUAAAUAUUGAAGUCUCCAAUUUUAAAUAGUAUUCCCAUCCCUUCCUGCUAACUCUUUCCUGUGCCCUCUAUCUUGGUGCACAACCAUUUCUCCCACGGUCAUGCCCCUUUUCCCUCAAUCCACCCCCACUGCCCCUAUAUACCACCCUCUGGUGCAACAUUUCACUCAUCUUCUCUCCUUAUCUGACACCCUUCUGUCUCCUUUUCAUCUCUGGCCGUGUUCCACACAUCAUACCCUCCUCACCUGUAUCCACCUAUCAUUUACCAGACUUUGUUCCACCCUCACCACGUUUCCAGCUUUCUCCCCCUUACUCCUCAGAAGCCCAUUAAAUCUUUCCCCCCUCACCUUGAACCUAUGUCCUCUGGUUCUCAAUUACCCAACUCUGGGCAAGAGACUCUGUGCGUUUACACGAUCUAUUCCUCUCAUGAUUUUAUACACCUCUAUAAUAUCACCCCUCAUCCUCCUGCAAUCCAAGGAAUAGAGUUCUCGCCUGCUCAACCUCUCCCUAUAGCACAGGCCCUCGAGCUCCGGCAACAUCCUCGUAUAUCUUUUCUGAACCCUUUCCAGCUUGACAACAUCAUUCCUAUAACAUGGUGCCCAGAACUGAACACAAUACUCUAAAUGCUGAAAGCCUUUUUGACCACCCUGUCUACCUGUCUCGCAAUUUUCAACGAACUAUGUCCCUGCACUCCCUCUGCUCUACAACACUCCCCAGACUCCAACCAUUCACUGUGUAGGUCCUGCCCAUGUUAGACUUCCCGAAAUGAAACACCUCACAUUUUCUGUAUUAA